AUGUCCACCGGGUAUCCGAUAGUACGACCCGGAUCAAGAACCUCGAGGCGCUCAGAGUCCGCCGUCAAGCAUACUCCUCCUCCACAGACUCUGACUCCAGCGAAUGGCGAACUGGAGUUCGAGCCAUGCGCGGCGACAGCGUCGUUCUUGCUGUACGCCCAGCGCAACACGGUCUUGGUCCUACAUCAUGAUACUCUUGCGAUCGAAAGGCGCUUUCAGCUGCACCGUGAGGACGUGAAAUGGAUUCAAGCGGAUAAUGUGAGCGAGAAACCAGGACGGCUUGUUGUUAGUUACGAUACUGGUAACACUGCGAUAGUUUGGGACAUAUUGACAGGUGGAGAAGUGGCUCGCUUCGCUUCUUAUGAAGAGAUGCGGGUGGCAGUAUGGAUGAGGAACGGCAACAUAGCGUUCGGCAACGAUCAAGGCAACAUCAUCCUUUUCGAGCCGGCCACCUCCGAGCACGUGUCCGCACGCACGAUCUUCGAUCCUGUCACCGCACUUGCGCCAUCCUCUGACUGCAGAACGUUCGCUAUUGGCUACAUGAAUGGCUCUAUACUGGUCGCAACACUCCAACCUUCAUUCACCAUCCAGCAUACUCUGACAACAAACCGUGCGCCUGCUCGGAUAACCGGUCUAGGCUGGCAUGGAUCGUCCUCGAAGCAGCGAACUGACAUGUUGGCGAGUCAGACCUCUGAUGGUGACCUUCGAGUUUGGAGCGUGCCGAAGAGCGGGCAAGGCGGUCAAGAUAUGGCACCCAGCAUCAUCCGUGUACUGCAAAGGGCAGAAAUACCUGCACUGGGACCAUGCUGGUUCGCUUGGUCAAAAGCUGGCAGAAUCGUGCAGUACGCUGAAGGGGAGAUAAGGAGCUGGGACGUGAGGACGAAGAAGGUUACGUACGAACUCAUCCCAUUGCAUGGCGACGUUUCUGGCAUCGCCAACUAUGGACCGACAGCAACGCUCUUCACCCUGAGCCGGGACAACUUUGUCCAGCAAUACGACAUCACACCCGGUCAACCUGGUAUGCAGGUGGCUAGCGCACGACACAUGCCAGCGGCUAGUGUACCCAUUACGCCGCCUACCGUACUUGUCGAAAGGGGCGCAGGCUAUGGCGGAAGAGAGCGUUCGAUGGCGGUAGACAUGUACGCAGAGACUGAAAGUAGUGCAGACGAAGGCGGGGCGAUGUCGCCAAUGCAGAAAAUCAUUGCGAAAGAGAUGGAUUCGCUUGACGCACUCGAGUCUGAACUACGGGACAAGGUGAUGCCGCUCAGUCCUAGCUCAAGAGCAUCUUCGGUCAGUUCCAGAUCCUCCCGCGGCAGCCGGAAAGGCCGCAAGUACCUGUACGACAAACCGGACUCGUCGCGCGCUUCGAGUACCGUUGAAGGAACCGAGUUCAGUUUCGGCGAACAAUCCAGGACCGGCCGUGAUAGUGUUUCCAUUCGCUCUAUAUCCUCAUACCAGUCUCGACCUAAACAGUACAGAUCGUCUAACCUUCGCAGAGAAACACCUCGAAACGCAGAAGAAGCAAGAGGUACAGCGGCAUUGGAUCUGUUUCCAUUCACAAGAGCACGCUUGCAAGAGGUAGCUUUUCGGACGCCUCAAUAUGGGCAAGGCCCGCGGACCGCCGAUGUUCUUCAGCGAGAGAUGCUUUCCGUGGUAUUUGGUUGGUCCGGCGACAUCCGGAGCCUGGUUCGGGACGAGAUGGCUCGACAUCAGCUGGGUUCGGCUGCUGGAGUCUUACUGGCAAAGUGGAUUGGAGACAUGGGUGCUGAUAGCAUGACAUCAAUGAUGGGCGCCGAAAUGUCUAGUUCUGACUGGAUGCUCUUGGCUCUAUCCAAUAUAGGCGCGGACUCUCAGAAGAAGGUUGGCGAGGCGUUUGUACAACGUCUCCUGGAAAAGGGCGACAUUCAUCCAGCCGUAGCUAUCCUUCUCGGGCUCGCGGAAUACAAUGAUGCCAUCGAGGUCUAUGUAUCGCAAAAGUACUGGAUGGAGGCAGUACUGCUGACCUGUCUAACGUGCCCUGUUGACUGGGGACGACAAUCGUUCUUGAUCCGCAAAUGGGGUGAAGCGGCCAUUAAGCAGGGCCAGGCUGAACUCGCUGUGCGAUGCUUCGCGUGCGCUGCUGUGGAGUCCGAACCAUCCGAGCCUUGGUUUUCCCCACGCGCGCAGCAAGACGCUGCAUAUGCCGCACAGCAGCAGAGAUUGGCAGACCCUGGAAGCGCCGGACCUGUGACAAGCCCACUGUCACCGCCAAGCCGCUCGGGCUCAGGGAGGCUUACAGCGAAGAAUGCGUCUCUGAAGUUGAUAACGACAUUCGGCGACAAGGCCGCCGCUUCUGCUAAGGCCUCAACACUGCCUGGAGUGACUCCGAUUGCACGAGAGCCAGCAUAUAACGCAAGCGGCACUGGGCAGCAGCAGAAAGCGACCGGGAUACGCGAGCCUUCGACAGCCCGAACAGCCACCCCUGGAGGAUUUACGAGAAGGAAACGUCUACCGUCAAGGAGCGAGAUCGAGCAAGCGAAGAUUGAUGCUGUCGAAUUUGCCACACCAAUGACCGCCAGAGAUGUCGCUGCAGAGACCGUGCUGGACUUUCGGCGAGCAUCGAAUUCAAGCAGUAUUCCAGAGCCGGCUACCGCACAGAGACUCACGGCAGACCGUGAAGACGUUUCGCAUUUACCCUCUCCCGCUCAGGGCGUGUUCACCAGGCUUAGGGAGCAUUCCAAGGCGCGUGAUCCAUCACGUGACAGAAAGCCGGAAGGCUUGAUUGUCGAUAUCAUGGAGACGCGCUAUAUCGAUGCCAUCUCUCCGGCGCCUACGACUGGUAACGAGGGCUCCAUGUAUAGCUCCGCCUCCGUUGCCAUCAGAUCUGCAGCCCUGAGUCCGCCGCUUACUGGAGGCAGUAUCAAAUCGCGUGCCAUUGACGACUACAUAAGCUCCGUGGAAGAGGCCCGUCAGGUUGCGCGCCACGAGAGGGCGCAAAGUCGUAGGAGGGAAGGCGGAAAGAGGGAUGAGAGUCGCUCGGGAAGGGGUACGAGCCGGGUAAGAGAUGUGUCUGUCGCCCGAGGAGAAAACAUUCGGGCCAUCAGGCCAGCCAAAAGAUCGCCGUCUAGCCCAGUGCCAAUGUCACCAGAGGAAGUGAAGGCGAGCCGACUGCCAUUAUCGAUGGGAGAAGUAACGGAAGCGGGUCGACUGCCGACGGCUGAGCCUGUUACCACUGACGACGAAGACUUCUACAAGAUGAUAUCACCCGUAACUUCGUUAAAAAGCCACAAGUCCGGACGAUCUCCCCAGCUUGAGCGCGUGCCUCACCAGGGCAUUGAUUGCUGGGAUCCAACGUGGGCAGGGAGCGAAGAUGAUCGUGGCCGGCGCAUGGAAGACUCCGACACAUCUGAGGCCCGCUCUCCUUCAGCCCCGGAUGCUUUUUCUCCCGAAAAGCAAACCGAGACAGACGAGACUCAGAGUGACGGCCAAAGGUUCCGUAUACGGGCCCGCAGUUCGAGCCGUGGAGGUGGUGGUGACGAUCUCCAGGCGCGGAGAGCCGCUAGUCGAUCCCAUCGUGCUCGAUCAAGCAGCCGUCGGCCGGCGCCGCCUUCUCAAAACGAUCUCAUAUUUAUGCCGGACGCUUCUACUGAAAGCAUUGACUGGCAGACUCGCGUUGAACAACCCCGGAUCAGACCGCGUAACGUGAGCCGAAAAGAGCUAGCGGCUCAAGAACUGGAGCAGAGGCGCCUCUCUCUCUUGAGGGGACCCUCUGCCCCUAUGAUACCGCUUCCUGGAGACUUACAAUAUGAAAGCCAAAAGACUCCUUCGCGACCGGGAAUGGCGCCUCGCUCUCACACUGACCUUGGCGACAGUCCUCGGUCCGAUCGGCCUCCUCUCACCCGGGCUGCCACUGUAGAUCCAGAGGCGAUGAUGAGACACAACGCGAAGCCGAAGUACCCUCUUAUGGGCCUGCCCGCAACCCCCAGAGCAAUGAGGCUAGGCGACGUGCCUGAUCACAAUCAGCCACCGGUACCAGCACUUCCAGAAGCCUACAGCGAGCUGUCGUCGAUGGGAACAAGUGUUACCGGGUCCAGCUUGAGUCAGAUGACUGGCUCGAACCUGAGUCACGGCUCAUCUUCGUUUCUACCGCCAUACCUUAAUUCCUCGCUGCAGGGACCACAAAGCCAGAUUUCCUCGUCAAUCGCAUCCAUCGAGCAGUCUCACGAAGAAGCCGACGAUGUGGGUCCGCUUCUACCUGCCACCGUCUUCGGCCAAAAGAACCCUUUGCCUCCGGCCCGUUCUGCGUCAGCGCCGCCGGAGAAGAUGAACCCCGUUGUGAGUCCUGCCUACAAGCCUACCUUACCUCCGGCACGUCGCCUCUCUGUUGGACGUGGUGGCCAAGUGCGGAAAAUUGAUCCUCCCGGGACGUCACAAGCCGGCGUUGUCAGCAUUGAUGAAGCGCUAAACAGCGAGCCGACUGUCAUCAUCAUUCCGGAAGCUGAUGAGGAAUACGAUGCACCUCCACCACCAGUCUUGCCAGAACUGUCGCACCUCGCUGGCCCGCCGCCCCCACCGCCGCCUCCGACCAUGUUCGUGCAAGCCCAACCGACUUCGUCCGACGUCAUUAGCAUUGCGAUUGACGCUCAGCCAGUCGCCGAGGAUCUAAUGCUGCUCCCAUCCACUACAUACUCGGCCGCCAGUACCUACCCGCAUCCCAUGGAACGUGCCACUACCGCCUCGCCCAGCAUGCAUCGCCGUGGUAGGGGUAGCGUAAGCGAGAGCUUCGGGUCCCGUUUCAGAGGAGUGGCGGACCGCAUGAGAAGCCAGUCGCGCUCACAAGUUAGAGGUGCAUCAGGAGGUAACGAUGGCUACAACGCAGCGCCUUACGAGACCAUCCUACCUCAGGUCUCAUAUCAGAGUCCUUACGAGCAAGCGAUGAGCGCUGGUGGACAAGAUCAGCAUAUUCCCAUCCCGCCACCGCCCCCAAUCGGCCAGCCUCUCACCGAUUUCAACGGCCGGAUAAGUGAACAGACUAUUCCUCCCACUACGCUACCUGGUUCUCGCUCUGCUAGCGCGAUCGGAUACAGACAUCCACGGGAGGUGAAGACCCAACUGCGUGCCAACAUGCCCCCCGAGACGCUUCAGCAAGGGGUCUAUAAUGGUGGCUUUCUGUAA